GGAGUAUCUGAUGUCCCGUACGGUAAACAGUUCCUGUUUUGAAUUUAUAUUGAAUUAUUUAUGCUGUGUUUCUGUACAACUUUGUAUGUAACCUGUUGAAACUUAAUAUAAAAAAAAGAAAAGGCGAAAAAAAAACAGUGCCGCGAAACUAGGAGCGCUCGAGACGGUCAGUUUCACGGUCUUCUGUGUGAAAGUCCUGUGUUUGUUAUACAUCAAAGUAAAAAAGUAGGCUACUUUUUUACUCUCUUUGAAUAAAAAUGGUGCGUAACGUUAGUCAGCUUUUAUUUGUGGCGUUAGCUUUUAUUUUGAGGACAUAGAACCGGAAGUGUUAUGUUUGUUUGCUGCCAACGUAAAACUACCCGUGUAGCUGAUCAGUUUACAGUCUUGGUGUUGUUACUACGUUUUGCUGCGUGUUUUAUUAAAAGUAAUUUAAAUGAGCAGUAAUGAUAAACGAGAAAGAUGGAAAUCCUCAGUUUUAUAGCUGUAACUGUUUCACAACUGAUAAUAUUUUCCUGGAGGACUACAAGCUCCAUGUCCGCUUUGAAUCCGAGCAGCAGUUCAGACUGGACUAUCAAGCACUGCUUAGGAGGCUUGGUUGCGUGACGGAGCAACAGUUUGAGGAUGUGCUCAACAAGAUUUCGCAGGAAGUGGAUAGGCGAAGGCGUCUAGGUGUGACGUCUGCUGAGAGAGCUGCUGCUAUCAAAGACACGUACCAGCCUCUCCAUCCUCAUGUCUACCAUCUGCAGGAGUCCUACCUGGCACCAAAGUUCAAGCAGAUUGUUGAGUACUGUCGAAGCGGGGACACCAGUGAAGAAGGUCUCUCAGGCUUGUUGGAGGAAGAGGCAGCUGUGAGGGUGUAUCGCUUUCCUCUGUUUGAGAGAAGCUUCUGUGAGGAGCUGGUGGAGGAGCUGGAGCACUUUGAGCAGUCCUCAGCCCCUAAAGGAAGACCCAACACCAUGAACCAUUAUGGGAUCCUCCUGAAUGAACUGGGCUUUGACGAGGGCUUCAUCACGCCCCUCCGUGAGCACUACCUGCAUCCGCUCACCUCCCUGCUGUACCCGGACUGCGGGGGGCGCUGUCUGGACAGCCACAAGGCCUUUGUUGUUAAAUAUGACAUGAAUGAAGACCUGGACCUGAGCUACCACUACGACAACGCAGAGGUCACCCUUAAUGUUUCCCUGGGCAAGGACUUCACUGAGGGCAACCUUUAUUUUGGGGAUAUGAGACAGGUGCCUUUAAGUGAGACGGAGUGUACAGAGGUUGAACACAGGGUGACCGAGGGCCUCCUCCACCGGGGCCAACAUAUGCACGGGGCCCUGCCCAUCUCCUCCGGCCAGCGCUGGAACCUCAUCGUCUGGAUGAGAGGCUCACAGGAACGCAACAAACUGUGCCCCAUGUGCAACAGGAGGCCGACACUGGUGGAAGGGGAGGGCUUUGCUGACGGGUUCACCAAACACUCCGAUGCACUGCUGAACGCUUCGUGUGUGUUGACGUGAUGUGUCCCGCUGCUAUCAGCCUUUCAUAAAGACACUGUGUGUAGGAUUUGAAAUCUGCUGUGGCGGACAGCAGUGCACGCUGCUGCUUCCAACUCAUGCUGUAGGAAUAAAUUAUUUUAAAAAUGAUUUAGGUUUCUUCCAAUACGAAUGUUCUGUCAGGUGAUAGGGUUGAAUAGACAGAUUGUUGUAGAGUUAAUCAAGACAACGCUGGGUGACUGUAGAAAGCUAUUAAAUUGAAUUAAUUCUAAUGACACAUUUGACUAUUCCAAAUUGGAAUGAUGAAUAUUUAAUAUUUGUACUAUAAUUCUCUGUUUCAGACGUUCGGUAUAGUGUCCCAUUUUGUGGCGUGUGUAUUUCUGGCCUUACUGUCUCAAAUAUUAGUCCAAUAAUAUGAAAAAGCCCAUACUGGUCCAGCCCCCAUAUUUAUAUACAGUAUGAUUGUACUGUAUGUUGUGCCAAAGAUGAUUUAAAAGAUAAUUUGUGUUUAAAAAUUAGGGAUACACAUAUAGACUGUAUAAAAUACCACUCUGACUGUAUCACUUUAUUACCAAUUCCAAUACCCAAAGUCAGGGUAUCCUCUAAUAUGGAGUACCGAUCUAAUACCAAUUUUGCAAAAUGUGGUUGAUCAGCGGUCUGGAUCAGGAAGAAUGGAAGUGAACACACGUUUGUGAUGAUGUGUAUUUAACUUUUGACAUAACAGAUUUCUCAGUUAUGCUAUAGAUUUGAGGGGGGAAAAUCACAAUGUCCAACACGAGACGAGUCACAUAAUUUGGAAUAACGGAAUUUUAAUUACAUAAACUUUAUCUGUCAAUUCAUGAAUAUCCAUUGUGUGUGCAUUUCUUGUUAUUGCGUGCAUGUGGUGUUGUGGUGGAAGUUAAUUAUGUUCUUAUACAAAGUCUUUGAGAGUAAAAACACAAAUAUAAACCUGCACGCUACAUUCGGCAUAAUAAAUCUAUCCUUUUCAGCAACAUCA